CCUGUGCAUCAGUAGUUACUUGAAACACAGUGCCUGUGGCAAUUUAAAAACGUCUUACAGUAAUCUACAUUACAUAAUGGAGCACACAGAAUUCAGAGUCAAGGCCAAAGAGAUGGUGGACUACAUAGCCGACUACUUGGAGAACAUCCGAGACCGCCGCGUGUACCCCAGCGUGCAGCCAGGGUACCUUCACAAGCUGCUGCCCAAGGAGGCUCCCCAAACUCCUGAGAAGUGGGAUGAAAUCUUCAAGGAUGUUGAUGAGCAUAUUAUGCCUGGACUGGUGCACUGGCAGAGCCCUCACAUGCACGCCUACUUCCCGGCGCUGACCUCGUACCCCUCCAUCAUGGGGGAGAUGCUGUCCAGCGCUCUGAACGUACUCUGUUUCACUUGGGCAUCCUCUCCCGCUGGUACGGAGUUGGAGACGAUAGCAAUGAACUGGCUGGGCAAGCUGCUGGGUCUACCUGACUGCUUCCUUAAUGAGAAGAACGAUAGUCCUGGUGGGGGAGUCAUUCAGACUACUGCAAGCGAAGCAACCUUGGUGAGUCUCCUAGCAGCUCGUACUAGGGCUCUGAUGGAGCUAUCCAAGCUAAACCCUGAAGUCCAGUCAGCUGAACUGCUGGGCCAUCUUAUUUGCUACUGCUCUGACCAGGCCCAUUCUUCCGUGGAGAAAGCUGGUCUCAUUGGUCUAGUCCGUAUGCGGUACAUCGAGUCGGAUGAGCACCAAAGCAUGAGGGGAGACCAGCUGGAGAAGGCUAUCGCCAGCGACAAGGAGAAGGGGCUCGUUCCAUUCUGGGUAUGUGCAACCCUCGGGACUACGGGCUCGGUGGCGUUCGACAAUCUCCGUGAGAUCGGACAAGUAUGUGAGAAGCAUGGCGCAUGGCUCCACGUGGAUGCGGCAUACGCAGGCAGUGCCUUCACAUGCCCGGAGUAUAGGCACUGGUUAGACGGCGUGGAGCUGGCGGAUUCCUUCGCCUUUAACCCCUCAAAGUGGCUGAUGGUCAACUUCGAUUGCACUGCCAUGUGGGUGAAAGACAGUACUGCACUUCACAGGACCUUCAACGUGAAUCCGAUUUAUUUGAGGCACGAGAAUUCAGGAAAAGCGAUUGACUACAUGGUCGGGGACAAACAAACAUACAUCAAGAAGAAACCGCUAAGAAAAAUAAACAACAAUAUCAAAGGUAUUGAAAACCCCACUAUCACCAUCAAUGGACACAAAAACCAUACAGUUAUAGAACUAGAAACACCAAAUCCCCAAAAUGGCAUAAUCGAUGAUUAUCAAAACGGUGAUUACCAUAAUGGUGAUAACGAAAAUGGAGAUUAUGAAAAUGGUGAUUACAACGGUGAUGAUGACGAUGGAACUCUUCAUGGUUAUAAUAAAAUAUCCCAAGGUUGUGGCGAUCAGAUCCAACUGGAAGAUCCUAACAAAAAGGAGAUGCUACAUUGGCAAAUACCUCUGAGUCGUCGUUUCCGCGCCUUGAAGUUAUGGUUUGUUCUCCGUAACUAUGGUGUUUCUGGCAUACAGAAGCAUAUUCGUGAGGGAGUCCGAUUGGCGCAGAAAUUUGAGGCUCUGGUGCUAGCUGAUCAACGCUUCGAAAUACCUCAACCAAGGAACCUAGGAAUGGUAGCCUUCCGCCUGAAGGGCGACAACGCCCUAACUGAGAGGCUGCUGAAACGCCUGAACGCUCGCGGCUACAUGCACGCUGUUCCUGCAUGCUUCAAAGGCAUCUACGUCAUCCGGUUCACCGUCACCUCUUCCAGGACUACCAACCAGGAUAUCUUGGAUGACUGGAACGAGAUUAAGACUGUGGCUAAGGAGAUCUUAAUGGAUGUGUUUGGCUCCGAGAACGGUAACAUAGUGGUGCCUAAGAAACCUAGGAUCUCGUUGAAGGAGACUCGUGAGCUGAACGCCACAUUCGGUACCAGUCUUCUCUUGGCCAACAGCCCUAUGAGCCCUAAGAUUGUUAAUGGCACUCACGCUGCUAUCUGUGACUAUGAACAGGUCCUGACCUCCUGUGCUCAGACUUUCGCUCAACUAAAAAUGGAACCUAAGGAUAGUCCUGAAAUGCGUCGCCGUAUCCGAGGGAUCAAGAUGUGUGGGAAGAAGUUCUCUCUGGACUCCUGCAUGGACAUGGUGCAGGGUAUGAUGGUGGAACAGUCUCUGCCACAGUGUUGUGAAGAUGAGAGAGAGGAUACUUCUAACGGAUCCAGUCCCGGUGACAAGUCUUCAAUCACAUCAUCACCACUGACAUCUAUCGGCACACUCAAGCAAGAACACUCCGAGACAAACCAACUCCAAGUACCACUAGCGCCAUCUAGGCAAUACAGGUCAAAAUCCGUGGACGUCUCACUCGCUGGCUUGUCGCUAGAUGACGCUAAAAUCACAAUUGACGUUAAAAAUAAUGAAAUAAUUAUCACUCCAACUGGUUCUAAGGAUGUAGCUGAAGAAUUGUCGGCUGCCAAAUCGAACUACAGCGAAAUUGAAGAGAAAUUGAAUAUUGGCGAUAAAAUAACGCAAGCGUUUGAAAAUUUUCAAGAUGGCCUCCAAAUGUUGAGUGAGUAUAAGAAUACUGUUGAGAAAGCUGAUGAUUGUAACACAAAGUUGACUAUUAGAGGUCCCGGGAGUUACAUUAAGAGGUUGAUCCAACAGUUUAGUGAGGGUCCCUUCGAGGGAGAGGAUCCUAAGCCUGAAUCUGAGAGGGCCAUGUCUACUCAAACGAUUAAAGACAAAGCUGACGCGAUUUGCAAAAAGUGUUUGCAUUACAAAGGAAAAAUUUCGAAGUAAUUUCGCUGUGGUUCGAUCGUUACUACGCCAAAAUUUUUGUGGCAUUAUUACAAAAAAAAAUGUUACAAUGAACAAAUUAUUUCAUAAAAUAUCUUAUAAAAUUGACGUAUUUGUGGGUUUCUCGUCGUAACUAUUCGACAAGGCUACUUGAUUAGUUUCAAACCACGUUAUGAGCCGAUAACAGAGGCCUUAGUACGAGUUUGCUCUACGUUUAAAUAGUACGGGAGCUAGCAACGUUUGGAAAGUAAGAAUUUUAGGUCAGCUGAUUUUGUGAUAUGUCGUCCUUCAUGCAGGUUUUAGUUUUUUUUUGUUUUUAAAAUCCAGGAUUAUUACCUGGACCGGUAGGAUGCGCACUAAAGAACGCAACCGCUACCGCCAGCCAGAUAGCCCAGACUCUAACCGAAAGUGCAAGAAGGACGACAUAUCACAAAAUCAGCUGACCUAAAAUUCUUUCUCGAAAACGUUGCUAGCUCCUAUACCAAACGCGUACUCGUUACGAAUACUUUAAGCGUAAAACAAAGUCGUACUAAGGCCUCUGAUGCACCGUCCAGCUUAGCCUCAUCGAACAGUUACGUUAGAAAAUUCUGUACGUACCUAUAUAAAUUAAUAUUACAAGACAUUAAUAAUCUGUAAAAUUUACUUACUAUAUAAUUACUUCAAUACUAUAAUAAUCAAACUGUCGACCUAUGUAUUGUUGUCUACUUAAUGAUUAACUUUUGGCCAUAACAGAUGAACUAUUAUAAAGAUACUAGCUUGCAUACAGUAAUUAAAAAUCAUGAAAUUAUACAUUCAUAAUAUAAAUCAACGGUGUGGGAUAAAUGUAUUAUAAUUUUAAGUUACUGCACAAUUAUUUGCUUAUAACUAGGUGAUCAUUAUUGUUCUGUAUAGAUAUAAUUACCAUACUAUUCAAUAUGUUAAUUUUAUGUUAUAAAAAAAAUGUUUAAUAUUGUACGCUUAUGUAUAAAAUGUUGAGCGUAAUUAUAAAAAAUAAUCCUAAAAAUGUAGUGGUUGUAAUCAAAUAUGAGUAGUGCAAUAUUAACGCUUAUAUAUUUGAAUUAUCGUGAUAUAUCUUACUUAUAA